AUGGUUUCCUUCCUCUUUUGCUGAGCGUUUGCCUUUCAUUGCAAGUCGGAUCUCCAGGGCGCGGCUCGAUCAAACACUUUUAAAUUAGUCCCUUAUUAUUAUAUUUUUGUGCUUUACUGAUACUAUUUAAAUUACGUAGCCUGGGGAGGCUCACUGAUGUAUCUUUGCCUUUGCAGAUACGUGACAGCGACCUUUAUGUGAGGAGCUAACCCCGGAGAAACGGGUCGUAGCCGGGAGGAGAGAGACUCGAAGCGAGUGGUCCACGGAUUCUGUUAUUUUUCUUGCUUUUUUUUAUCUCACUUGCCAGCAGAAUAAGGGAGUAAAAUCUCCACCCUGCUGCAUCGACAGACUGUACCUGUACGAAACUAUAAAAGCUCACAGGUGUCCCAGCAGAACCCCGGAGAAUGGAGGCCGUUGCCAAAUACGAUUUUAAAGCCACUGCCGACGACGAAUUAAGUUUUAAACGUGGAGAUGUCCUGAAGGUUUUAAAUGAAGAAUGUGACCAGAAUUGGUACAAGGCAGAGCUCAAUGGGAAAGAUGGCUUCAUUCCCAAGAACUACAUUGAAAUGAAAGCACAUCCGUGGUUCUUCGGUAAAAUACCCCGGGCGAAGGCAGAGGAGAUGCUGAACAAACAGAGGCACGAUGGGGCCUUCUUGAUCCGGGAGAGUGAGAGCGCGCCGGGGGACUUCUCUCUCUCCGUAAAGUUUGGGAAUGACGUGCAGCAUUUCAAAGUUCUCCGUGAUGGGGCAGGGAAGUAUUUCCUGUGGGUGGUGAAGUUCAACUCCCUAAAUGAGCUGGUGGAUUAUCACAGAUCCACCUCCGUGUCGCGGAACCAGCAGAUAUUCCUGAGAGACAUAGAGCAAGUCCCCCAGCACCCCACAUACGUGCAGGCGCUGUUCGACUUUGACCCCCAGGAGGACGGCGAGCUGGGGUUCCGGCGUGGGGAUUUCAUCCAGGUGCUGGACAACUCCGACCCCAACUGGUGGAAGGGAGCGUGUCACAGUCAGACAGGGAUGUUCCCCCGCAACUACGUCACCCCCGUCAACCGGAACAUGUAAAGCCCGGAGGAGUUCUCCCCGAAAGCGGAAAGCGGAAAAACAGGAAGAGGAGCGUGUGCGUGAUUCCCAGACUCCACCCCAGGGUGGCUGAGAAAAACCAAUCUGAUACUGAGAAUGUUCGCCUUGACAGUGAACGCUGCAGUCUUGAUGGAACUGUCAUUAAUAUAAAAGUAUAUAUAAAGAAAAACAAUAAAAAAGAAAAAAAGUGUAGAGCACCAAAAUCUAAGUUAAAAUAAAAGACAAAUUAUUUUAUCUCUAGGUUCCCACAGCUGCUUCUGCCGUCUCCUUUGUUUUUUUGUUUUGUCUUCUUUUGCGCAUGUUUUAGUUACUUUAAACACACAAUCACACGCAAAAAAAGAAAAAUCCUAACGCUGUUUAAAAAUUGCCAGACGCAAAUUUUAAAAGGAACUGGAUGCCAGCGGGGCGCCACGUCUCCUCCAUGUCAGAGACCAAAACUUCACCAUUAGCAUUUUUACAUUGGCCUUGGACUCUUUAAAUCAAAGUAUAUAUAAAUCUGUUUUUUUAAGAAUAUAUAUUUUUUGUGUUUGUCUGUUUCUUUCACCGUAGUUUGUUUUUUCUAAUGUAAAUUAUGUUUGGAUUUGUGUUAAUCUUGUUAAAACCGUAGCAGCUCUGGGAUCAGUCUGAUUGGUUAUAAUUGGACUCUCUGACUGCUUUCAUGCUAUGUAGUAUGAUACUUCAGGUAUAGCAAUCCCCUUUUAAAUUGUUCCUUCCCCUCUUAAACCUUCAAAAAGUAAGACGGAUUAGGAUGGAGGUACCCCAAAUACUUACAGAAAGGGUAGCAGAGUCCUUUCGUCAUAGGAGGGGUGGUAUCUGAAACAAGUACAGUCCAUUCAGAAGCUGCCCGCCAUUUGGAAAAUGUUUUUUACGGCUGUUUGCUGUAGGAGUAUGAAUGUGGGAGGCCCAGGGCCUUGGGAAAAAGUAAACAAGCUUAGAGAAGUGAAGCAGUUGGUUGCCAAUUGGUUUUAUAGACUAAAUGAUAUGAGAUGUAUAUGUACACAUACGUGUGUGUAUAUAUAUGGUUUAAACAGAAUUAUCUGGAAAGAGUCAGGAUAGAGCUGGCUUUGGAACAGUUUCAAAGGAGAAGGGGUCUUUCAGAUUAAGAUGGAAUUGUUUUAUCAAUGUGUGUGUUGGUCUUAAAAGGUGUACGGUUGAGCACUUUUCUUUUUUUUGUCUUUCGUUUCUCUCUUUGAUAGUGCCUUUUUCCAUUUUUCCCCUCUUAUGUUUGUGUCUUCAGGCCUCCUAGGUGAUUUCCCCAGUCAGGACACCGUUGUAAAUAACCUGUUCUCCCAGUUGUUGCAUUUUGAUGAUCAUGGAAAAAUUAUUUCAGCGACUUUACCUUUUUAUUAUUUAAAUGUUUUGCCAUCUCUUUCCUAAUGAUACUUAAUGUUUUCUUUUUUUUUUUGCAAUUAAUAAAAUAAAAUGAUAAAAAAGGAACUUUUACUGAUAGUGUUUUAGUCCAAGAGAUGUCACUUAGUGGCACAGGAUUAUUUUUCAUGCAGUAUCAAAAGACUGUAGGCUCUUUUGUUUUUUUUUUCCCAACCAGUGGAGCCUGGAGAAGAAACAGUUGUAUCUCUAGGUGUUUAAAAUCUGAAUGUAUCAAGAGGGCUCUAGCUCUUGUAAAGCCAACUGCAACACAGUGACUCUGAAUGCAGCUAUUUUUUUUAAUUUAAAGGGGUGCUGCAUCAAAAACAGUGGUCUCGGUUACUUUUAUCCAUUACUGCAAAGAGUACAGUCUUGUGUUGUUACUCGUGUAUUUUGUGUGGCCAUAUGUUUGUUUAUGGUUUAUCUCUCUAACAGUAAUUAAGGCCAGGGGUGUCAAUACAUUCUCUUGAUUUGGACUAAUCUGAAUAAAGAAAUCGGACAAAACCUGUGUACUUUUUAAAGUAUCUGCUUUCAAUAAGGUCACUGUUGAUUUCUUUGUAGGUGUUCCAUUUGUUAAAAUGUACAUACUUUUGUUGGACAAAAACCCAACGUGUUCCUCUACAGCUGGUAACUUUAAACAUUAAAGAUACCAAGGCAAAACCUUGUUGCUAUUCUCAGAUACACCUGAGCCAUAUGUACAUCACAUGAGCUGUUCCUGUUUUCGCGAUUGUCUUUAAUGAAAUUUAAUCUGAGUCGUCUGUAUUUUAACUAAAAAAAAAGCAUCCAAUAUUUGUUAUUGCAAUCAUAAAACUGUGGUGAUAAUAGUAAAAAAAAUCUACACGUAUGAAGGACAUUCCUGUGUCCACAUCAUUUUAAAGUCCCUCCAGUAUUCUUCGUUCUUUCAUUGACAACGAUUUGCGUUUGUAAGAAUUGCAAAACACAGCAUUCUUUUCUGUCUGUACCUGUAUUAUAGAAAAGUAUUUUAAAUGAUCAUCUAACAUUCCUGCAGUGUUUGUGCAUAGACCGCUUGCCCACUGUGCAGCAUUUUUUCACAUGGUUUCUAUAAAGGGUUAUGACUCGGUGCAAAGUGUACUGAGAUGGUGCUCGGUAUUUGAAGUAUCUCGCAUAAAAAGAGCUGACUGCAGUGGAUUUAUUAAAUUGUUGAUAAAUUAGUUACUGGUGCAUUUGGUAUUUUGUUUCUAUGGUAAAUCAGAACCUUGCAGUGAGUACUUUAUCCCUCGGUUGUCUAAGGGAAGAUUGUGAGCAAUCUAAAUUUAAAGCUUGAGCCAAAGCAACUUGGAUUAAUACUCUUUCUUCAAAUUGCUGUGUUUUACCCAUUUAAUGUUUUUUUGUGAUGUCAGAGAGCCUGUUUAUGUGCAAACAUUCCCUACAGUGUAAGAGUAAAAUCAGCAUGUUAAUUCUGAGAAUUUUGGUAUCGGUUGGCACCAGUUACAGAAGAGCUCAUUGGUCUGAACUAGAGUAGUGCUUCGAGGCCGAGAGCUCUUAAGGGUUACUUCAGCAUGUGACAAUGUCUGUGACAACGUGUACGUCUUGGACCUCACGGUCAGGGUUGCCAUGGUGCAAAGGGAGGCUAGGAUUUAUCUGUUUUUGUUUUUUUAAGUAAACUUCUGGUACUGAGGAGAAGAUGUCUAAGGACUGUUGCCCUGUCUUGGGUUAAAUUGUCUCUCUUUUUCUUUAAGGAAGCUUCCAGUUGUUUUGAGUGCUUCUCUGGUUUGAAUUAGGCUGAAUUCUACUAAAUGUUUUUCCCGUUACUGCCUAGAAUUCAUAAUGGACUUGACGAACUGCUGGUCUUUUCUCGAUUGGAACUGCCUUGCACUUAUCCCUACAAACAAUUUAAAGACUGUGUUUCCCUCCACUCUACCCUGUUCAAUGUAGCAUUUAAAACUGUAGUUAUGCAACUUGGAAUUAAAAGAAUUUUAAAAAUAUCAAAGGGUUCUUGUAAAAUUCAGAAAUCUGGGCUAUUUUUUUAACUUAAAAGAUUGUGUGGCGCUUUUCAAAAAUGGUACUUUUUUUUUUCUCCUGACCAAAAUUAUUUGCUCUUGGUGGACAGUGAUGUAUCCCAGAAGUUACCUCAGGCCUAAAUGAGGAAUCUGGGUGGACGUGAAUGUUAGAGAGAGAUGCUCAUUUGUUUUCCAUGUGCUCAAGCUUGCAGACCCCUUUGCAAAACUCAGAAUCGAGAAUUUAAAACCCUUUGUAUAGUGCUAGAUUGUACAUUCAGAACUACUUCCCCUUCUGUAUGUCGCUUGGGCUUUAAGAUUCAAGUUGUUGUAAUUUUUUGUCAGUCUGCCUUCCUUCAUGAACCUUUAUUAAAACGUGACAACCUGUGGCGUACUUAAAAGUCCAUAAUUGUUCUUUUUCAUUACUGUGUCUUUUGUCAUCUUCUCCUGAAUUGUGUUAACUAAAGUGACAUAUUACACCUAGACCAUGUGAUUGUUGACUUUCUACUGGAGAUGUAUAUAAGAAAGUCUCAAGAGACAUUUCAUGUACACAUUAAAAAUCAGUUUAAAUGAAAAAA